AUGACGGCCAACCACAGCACCUAGGAGCGCUUUCUCCUGCUGGGAUUCUCUGACUGGCCCUCCCUGCAGCCAGUCCUGUUCGCUCUCGUCCUCUUCUGCUACCUGCUCACUCUGAUGGGCAACUGCGAGCUGGUGCUGCUGGUCAUGGGCGACCGGCGUCUGCACACGCCCAUGUACUACUUCCUUUGCCCCCUGGCCCUGGUGGACGCCGGCUUCACCACCAGCGUGGUACGCCCGCUGCUGACCAACCUGCAUGGAUCAGCGCUCAGGCUGCCCCGCGGCGGUUGCAUGGCGCAGCUGUGCGUGUCGCUGGCCCUGGGAUCUUCUGAGUGCGUCCUGCUGGUGGUGAUGGCGCUGAGCCGUUAUGCGGUGCUCGCCUCGCCCCGCCUCUGCCGCGCACUGGCCGGCGCUUCCUGGCUGGGAGGCCUCCCCAACUCCGCCACCCAAACCGCGCUCUUGGCCGCGUCGCCGCUCUGCCCUACCCUCCAGCUGGACCCGUUCAUCUACGAGCUCCCCGCGCUGCUCAAGCUGGCCUGCGGCGGCAGCGGCAGAGACACCAUCCGGUUCCCCGCCCGCGUGGUUAUACUGCUGGUGCCACCCACCGUCAUCUUAGCCUCCUAUGGCGCGGUGGGCUAAGCCAUCAGAAGCAUGCUGUCCAGCGGAGGCCAGAGGAAAGCUGUGGGCACGUGUGGCUCCCACCUGACAGCCGUCUGCCUGUUCUAUGAUUCCACAAUCUACACCUACCUGCAGCCCACUCACAGCUACAACCAGGGGCCCAGCAAAUUCGUGUUGCUCUUCUACACUGUGGUCACACACUCUCUGGAAUAA